AUGCGGAACGAUCUUUAUGCAUACCAACCCACACCGACUUUGGCGAACUCAUCGGCGGUUGAAGCGUUGUUAGUGGGUACUACGGCUACCCUAUCACGUGCCCCCCAACAUAUUGUGUUGCUCUCAUGUAGUUAUGGCCCUAAGAAGCAACAGAACCACUGA